GCACAAAGAUGCAUGGAAGAUUUCCUCGCUGAGUUCAACCAGCAGUCUACAAAGAAAAUGGAGCUGGUUCUUUUUAUGGAUGCAGUGUCACAUGUCAGCCGCAUUGCCCGUAUUCUGAGGCAGCCCCUGGGUAAUGCACUUCUGUUGGGUAUGGGAGGCAGUGGACGACAGAGCUUGACAAGGCUUGCCUCCCACAUUUCUGAGUAUGACUGCUUCCAAAUUGAGUUGUCCAAAAACUACAGUACCCAUGACUGGCACGAAGAUCUGAAGAAAGUCAUGAUGAAAGCUGGCCUUCGUGAUGAACCUGUGGUUUUCCUCUUUAGUGACACACAGAUUAAGAGUGAAUCCUUCCUUGAGGACAUCAACAAUAUUUUGAACACUGGAGAUGUGCCCAACCUCUAUGGCUUUGACGAGUGUGAGAACAUCUACAAGGAAAUGAAGCCCAUCGUGCUAGAGGCUGGGCUGCAGCCCACCAAGACCAUCAUGUUCACGGCUUACACCAAGAGAGUUCGCAGCAAUCUCCACACUGUCAUCACUAUGAG